CCUUUAAGGCUCUUGACUUAAAGGGAUGGUAAGGCCGCUGGAAUGAGGCGCUAUGGGGGAUGGGAAGGAGCUAAAGAUGGCUGAGCUUUUGCAAGCGAGGUGCACUUCAGUUGGCUGAAAGUUUGCAGGAGCGGACUGGCCCGGAGGGGACGGCCCGGCCUCGGUGUUCUGUGCGGCUGGGGAAGGGUAUUUCACAUUGGAGAGAGACCAAUUUCUGAACAGGAACACAAUGAGUAAUCACCCUGCUGCACAAUUAGAAAUGUUCAACAGCUUGGAGAGUGAAGAAGAUGUGAAGGUGAAGUCCUGCUCUACAAAUACUGAAGUUUGCUCAAAGUCUUCACCAUUCAAUUGCCAAAGGGCGAGUAGUACUUCCGUACAAAGUCUUCAUGACGGAAUGGCAAUGAAAAUAGGAAGCUUGCAACAGGUAGACAUGUCCGAUAACCCAACAUUAACUGUCAAAGAAGAACUUAAUGACAUUGAGUACUACCAGGAGCAGCCUGUGUCAAAAAUGGAACUAAAAUGUAGUAUUUGUUCUGAAAUGUUCCAUUUUGUUUCAGAGCUGAUGUUUCACGAACAGCUCCAUAACGGCAACAGUCGCUUUGAUUGCCAGCUGUGCGGUCGACAAUUUCAGAGCUCUUCCAACCUGAAAGAUCAUUAUAAUGCCCACACAGGUGAACGACCUUAUAAAUGUGAGUUAUGUGCCAAAGCUUUUACACAAUCUUCCUCCUUAUUGGCUCAUAAACGUACUCAUACAAUAGAGAAACCAUACAAGUGUGAGGUAUGCGGACGACUAUUUAAAGAUGCUUCUAAUUUUAUAAAACAUAGACGUCUUCAUGGCGAAACACUAGAGCUGGCUCAAAUGCAAGCAGGAGGGCUGCUCAUGAACGAAAAGCCCUACGCCUGUACAUACUGUGAUAAAGCCUUUAAGCGUACUUCUGAUUUGAAAGAUCACGAGCGUGUCCACACUGGGGAAAGACCCUACCGUUGUAGAAUCUGUCAGAAGUGUUUCACUCAGUCUUCAGUGUUGACUGGGCAUAUGCGCAUACACACUGGGGAACGGCCAUUUCACUGUAACGUAUGUGGCAAAACCUUUAACAACUCUUCCAAUUUUAAAAAGCACCAGCGUACCCAUUCCAUGAAGGACAUCCUUGCAAAGGUCAAAGUAGAAAAUAGUUUGUCUCCCCAAAAGCAGCCGCUUCAAAGUAAAAAUGGUAUGGCCUCUCCAAAGGGCAUUGGAGCCAUGCUGAGUAAUAACCAUCAUCCGAAAACUUUCCCCAAAAUGAUGCUGGAGGAUGACGACUGCAAAUUUGUACUGGAAAAAGGCCCUAUGGAAGUAAAUGGGAAGAAAGCAUUAAGUGUGGAUGUCUUGCAGUCGUCGUGUGCUGGAAUGACCAGCACCAUGAAAGACAAAGAUGCAGCAUAUUCCCAAAUGCCAGAAACAAAGCCGAAAGCCGUGGUGCUCAUUGAGGAUGAUGUAGUCAUAGAUUCAGACAGCUCCGUCUCGAAUGUUGACACUGAAGCCAAAGGAAAUGCAUGUAAAGGUAACUUGGACAGAUGCAUCCAGCCAAAACUGACAAAAGCUGCAGAGUUUGGAUAUAACACUACUUCUUCAUUUAUAGUGGAAACAGUGCAACAUGGCUCAAGAGAGCAUGAGAUAUAUGUGGAAAUAUCCGAUGAUAGCACUACUGAUGAUGAUGAUAAUUAUGACAAUGAUGUUGUUCCUCUUGCCAAGAGAUCAUUUCUGUGCCAGGAUCAAGAUCCCACCCAUCGACCAGAAGUAAAAUUAGAGUAUGAUAACUCUGUGGAAGAGGAGAUUGGUUGUCACGAGGAACCUACACAGAAUGUAAUAAACUCUCAGAGUUUAAAGGGUGGGAUUUGCAGUGUUACAGACCUAGAGGAAUCCGAAGACAUGCUUUUUGAAAGAUCCAUGCAAUGUUGGGAUUCCCAGAUCGAUGACUCUCUCGAUGACCAAGAUGACUUACAGUUUUUGGAGAUGGACCCCAAACCAUACAUUUGUUUUGUAUGCGAUAAACGAUUUAAAAGGGCUACGGAUUUAAAGGAACAUUUGCGGGUCCACACAGGGGAGCGACCUUUUGUGUGCCAAGUGUGCGGCAAGGGUUUCACCCAGUCCUCGGCCCUCUCUAGCCACCAACGCAUCCACACUGGUGAAAAGCCGUUCCAGUGUGACAUAUGCUAUAAAAGGUUUAAUAAUUCUUCCAACUUUUCUAAGCAUAAGCGGGUUCACACAGGAGAACGCCCUCACAACUGUCCUCUCUGCGGAAAGAGCUUUCAGGAAAAGCGUCGAGUAAAGCGCCAUAUGAAAUCUGUUCACCAUGUCCAGGAGUGAGACGUUACACUGUUUACACACUUUACUGACUGUUCUCCAAAAUGUAUCAUGCAGACAGUGCUGUAUUAUGAACUAUUGUAGCAAGUUAGAUAAUUUUCUUAUGGAAAAAGCUAUAGCUUUAACAGCUACACUAAGCUUCACAUUGUAACUGUAGGAAAAUCUGCCUUUUCAACCAAGCUUUCCCAUAAAUUAUUUUCGGAGUAUAAAUAUUAGUUUUCGGUUUUCUGUAACUGCUAUCAUGGAUAUAAUCUGAAAAAUCUGAUGCUUGUGUAAAGGUGAAGCAUUUGCACAACAUUCAGUAGAGGAGUUUUUCUUUCUGGAAACCGAAACCCCCUUAUGAGAUGUGAAUACAUUUUUAAUUAAAGUAAAAUUAGUGUCCAGUAUAUGCAUGCCUCGAAUCCGUAGAUGAGACAGUUUUGGGGAAAAAUGGUCAUUUUA